ACCCCUGUCUCAUUACUCCCAGGCGAGCACCCCUGUCUCAUUACUCCCAGGCGAGUACCCCUGUCUCAUUACUCCCAGGCGAGCACCCCUGUCUCAUUACUCCCAGGCGAGCACCCCUGUCUCAUGCGGCGCAUCCGCCCCGGCAUCUGCCCCUGUGAACACGCCUACACCGCCCGCCGCUCCUCCCUCCCCUCCUCCUUCUUCCGCGGAGGCCCCUACUUCGCCUGUUCCCCCGACCCUCCGCCUCCUCCUCCCCUCCCCGUCCUUGCUAUAAGCCCAAGGAGGUGGGAUGGUGGAGGGGAGGGAGUGCGGGAGGGAGUGGGGGAGGGAGGGGGCGAGGAGGGGGGAGGGAGAGAGGUGGUGGUGGUGCAGCCUCGGCGGUUGGAGGAGGUGUUGGUUGAGGUGGCGGAUGAGAAGAAGGCGGUGGUGCUCGUGGCUGCCACUCACAACUACGCUUCCAUGCUGCUCAGCUUCGCAUGCAUGCUCCGCCGCCUCUCGAUCACCAACCUCUUGGUAGCAGCUCUCGACCCUGCUAUGUACCGCACUGCACUCUUGCACGGUCUGCCAGUGUACUACGACAACAGCACUGCGGCCGCAGCUGGGGUAGACGUAUUAGCAGCAGCGGGAGGAGCAGCAGAAGGAGCAGCAGGAGGAGCAGCAGGAGGAGCAGCGGAUUGGUGCCCCUUCAACAGCCACUGCUUCCGGCACUACACCAAGCUGAAGAGUAGAGCCGUGCUGCGAGUGCUGCGGCUGGGCUAUGCCGUGCUUUGGAGUGACGUGGACGUGGCGUGGUUUGAAAAUCCACUGCCAAUGCUGUGGCAGUAUGGGGAAGGGGUGCUGGCUAUACAGAGCAACGAGCCCGACCCCUCCCAGCCGGCCAACAGCAUCCGGCGGAUCAACAGCGGCUUCUACCUCGCUCGCCCCGACCCCCUCACUGUUGCUGCUUUCACCGCCGUUGUGAAGCAUGCGGCUCACUCGAGGCUGUCGGAGCAGCCGUCCUUCUAUGACGUGUUGUGUGGGGAGCACGGGGAGAGGCGG